AUGGAAACACAAGCUGUGUCGGCGGCCGACGAGUCUGAAAUUAAUAAAAAACGAAUGAAUUCUACUGAUAAUAUCCUUCAAUUGAACGAUUAUAUAUCUGUCCAUCGACACGAUGGUAGCGAUCGUCAUUUUCUUAAUCUUGAUCGGUGUUUAAGACAACCUUAUACUAUUAAUCAUGUUUCUAAUAAUGAAACAAUUGCUGGCAUUUCACUUAUGUAUAAUUAUCUUAUACAAAUACCUACAUUCGUUUCGGAUUAUACAAAUCUCGUUGAACUCAAUGCUAGUCAUAAUGAAUUAAGUGAUACUGAAUUUAUUCUCUACAGAUCAUUGGAUGAUAAUGAACUAACUGAAUCGUAUUGGGAUGAUUUCUUUAAAAUCAAUUCAAAUUAUCAGGGACCAGAAAAUCCCUACAGUGUCAACAGAGAACAUUGUCGAACGAAUGAACAAACAAAAGGUUUAUCUGCUAACACUGCAAAUAUUGGCAAACAUUCUAAACCGCCAACACCGUCGCCCAAUAAGCAAAUACCUCGUCCACUAGUUCAUCCAUUUCUCGAACGUAUCAAUUUAUCGUUCAAUCAUAUUAGAUUUCUUCCAGCUAAUAUUCAUUAUCUUCGUUUUCUUCAUACACUUAAUUUAUCAAAUAAUUACCUUAAAGAAUUACCAUCGAAUAUUGGUUUUCUUGAGCAAUUAAAUACAUUAACACUCAAUCAUAAUUAUUUGGAAAUCUUACCAGCUACAUUUUCUCGUUUAACUCAAUUGCAAUCAUUAGAUUUAUCAUAUAAUAGUUUACAAUCGAUUGAUUUAAUAAAAAAUUUUCUCAAUUUAAAGCAUUUUUCUAUUGAUUCAAAUCCAUUGAAACUCUUUCCUAUGCUAUUGCAUACCUGUACGAAUUUAGAAGAUCUUUCAUUUUCAAAUACACAAUUAAAACAAAUCAAUAAUAUUACUUUGGAAAUAUUUAAUCAAUUUUCAAAAUUAAAAAAACUUGAUCUAUCAAAAAACAAUCUCAACGAUGAUUUUCUUGCCUCGUCGAUUCAACCAUUCGAUUAUUUAGAAGAAUUGCAUAUUCAGCAUAAUCAAUUCACAAAUAUAUUCUCAUUAUUAUCCACGACGAAAUCAUUACGUUUACUUGAUUUAAGUUAUAAUUCAUUGGAACAUAUUCCUCAAUGUACGAAUUCAAAUUUAGAAAUUCUACAUUUAUCACAUAACAAAAUUGAACUUCAUCCGAACGAAUGCAUUUAUUUAAAAACUAUUAUUGAACUAGAUUUAGGUCAUAAUCAAAUAGAACAUGUUCCAAAUGAAUUUAUUCAAUGUGUCAAUUUGCGAUCAUUAAACAUAGCAUUUAAUCAAUUGCACGCAUUUCCUAAGAUUAUUUUACAAUUACGAUCAUUGAAUAAAUUAGUGAUCAAUCAUUCAAAAUUUCAACAUUUAACAACAAAAGAUUUAUUUGAUAAAUAUUUUUAUCGCACAAUAAAUAUUCUUAAUCUCUCAUCGAAUCAUUUGCAAACAAAUUUACAUGAAUUAACUGGUUUGAAAGCAUUGACAUCUUUAGAUUUAAGUCAUAAUCAACUACUUGAAAUCGAUGAAGAUUUUAAAUUGUUAUCAUGUUUAAAAAUUCUUAAAUUAAAUAACAACCGAUUUUCAAGUUUCCCAUCGUGCUUGCAUGAAAUGUCAAAUGGUGAAGAUGAAAAAUAUAUUGCUGAAACGUUGAUGGAAUUAUAUCUCAAUGAUAAUAGAAUAGAAUCGAUUCCUGAAGACAUUGUUCAUAUGACAAAUUUGCAAACUAUUGAUAUAUCAAAUAAUCAACUGAUGAAGUUUCCCGACCCAUUAGUUUAUCUCGAGCAACUGACAUCACUUGCCUAUUCUCAACAAAAUGGUAAACAUAUUGGACGAUUACCUGCUGAUUUUAUUAAUUUAUGUAAUCUGAAAAAACUUGAUUUAUCUCAUAAUAUUUUUAAAGACGUACCGAAUGUGGUUUAUAAUUUAACUAAACUUGAAUAUUUAAAUAUGAGCUACAAUCUUCUUAGUAGCGUAGAUAAUAAUCGAUUGAAACGAUUGAACAAUUUCAAAACAUUGAAAUUAAAUGGCAACAAUUUUGUAUCGUUUUCAUCGACACUCUAUCAAUUAGAAACAUUAAAUAUGAAUGAAAAUUCCAUGUGUUUAGCGCCACCCAAUGAUUUUAUCGAUGAGAACUAUAUUUCGGCCACUUCAAAUCUUUAUGUUCAAAUAAAUGAUCAGCAUGAAACAAAUAUGUUUGAAAUUUAUCAGCAAAUUUUUAUUGAACAUUUAACAAGUUACGAUAUUGAAAACUUAGCCAAACGCUUGAAAUUAUCGGAAACUGAUAUGAAUAAUUUUCGAAAUAAUUCUAUGAACUUAAAACGUGACAGCAAAAUUGAAGUACUAUUAAAUAUUUGGAAAGACAAGCGGGGUUCAUUAGCUAAUUCAGAUACAUUAUAUCGAUUAGCACAUUUAAUUGGUGAUAAAAAUCUUGUACGACAUAUGCAUCGCGCUUAUUUACUUGCGCGAAAUAUUCGACUUUAG